UUCUUUCAUUCGUUUGUUUGUUCGUUGGUGUUGGAAUGGGGCUUGUCCUCGCUCGUCUCUCUCCCUAUCUCCCUUCCUCUCGCAAUUUUCACCCUCCCACUCUCUGUGUAUCUGUGUCAGUGUCCCUUCUGCCCGGAUUGCCUGCUCUUCAUCGAUUUUUAUGCCGACAUGACAAUAUGUGAUUCUAUCUCCUUCUCUCUCUUAGUUUCUUUCUUAGGGUUCCUCUAGGGGUUUUGUGCAUUUGUGGAACUAGACACAGUUUAUAUACAUACAUAUAUAUUCCUCCCCCCCCCUCUCCCCCGUUGAGUGGGAUUAGGGUUUUGUGUCCGUCGUCAUGGAGCUCACGCAGUACAAUGAGCCUCCUAGUAACAAGGACGCUGAUCCGGCUCUGGGGUUUCUCACUCGGAAGGAGACGGAGGUGAAGCUGCCUCGUCCCACGCGAGUGAAGAAUAAAACCCCUGCCCCUUUGCAAAUCACUGCUGAGCAGAUUUUGCGUGAGGCCAGAGAGAGACAAGAAGCUGAAAUCCGACCCCCUAAGCAGAAAAUCACUGAUGCGGAGGAGCUCGCAGAGUAUCGACUGCGGAAGCGGAAAGAAUACGAAGACCUAAUUCGGAGAGUGAGAUGGAACACUAGUGUUUGGGUUAAGUAUGCGCAAUGGGAGGAGAGUCAGAAGGAUUUUCCUCGCGCAAGGUCAAUUUGGGAACGGGCCUUAGAAGUGGAUUAUACCAACGCCACACUAUGGCUCAAGUACACGGAGAUGGAAAUGAAGAACAAAUUUGUCAACCAUGCCAGAAAUGUAUGGGAUCGCGCUGUGUCUUUACUUCCUCGAAUCGAUCAGCUUUGGUACAAAUAUAUUCACAUGGAGGAGAUGUUAGGAAAUAUAGCUGGAGCUCGGCAAGUAUUUGAGAGGUGGAUGACAUGGGAGCCCGAUCAUCAUGGUUGGGCUGCUUACAUCAAGUUCGAGCUUAGAUAUGGUGAAAUCGAGAGGGCGAGGUCGAUUUAUGAUAGGUACGUGGAAUGCCAUCCUGGUGAUAAAGCUUGGAUUCGUUAUGCAAAAUUUGAAGUGAAGAAUGGAGACAUUUCUAGAGCAAGGCAAUGCUACGAGCGUGCCAUGGAGCAGUUGGGUGAAGAUGGGCAGACUGAGGAACUUUUUGUGGCUUUUGCUCAAUUCGAAGAGAGAUGCAAAGAGCCGGAGCGUGCGAGAGUGAUUUACAAGUAUGCCUUAGAUCACAUUCCGAAGGGAAAGGCUGAGACCCUGUAUCAGAAGUUUGUCCAAUUCGAAAAGCAAUAUGGUGAUAGAGAAGGUAUUGAGAAUGUAGUUGUGGGGAAAAAACGAUUUCAAUAUGAAGAGGAGGUGAAGAAAAACCCAUUGAACUAUGACUCGUGGUUCGACUAUGCUCGUCUGGAGGAAAGUGUCGGGGAUAAGGAAAAGGUUCGGGAGGUUUACGAGAGAGCUAUUGCUAACAUACCCCCUGCAGAGCAAAAGCGAUACUGGCAACGUUACAUUUAUCUUUGGAUUAACUAUGCUCUUUAUGAGGAGCUGGAGGCCGAAGAUUAUGACAGGACUCGGGAUGUUUUCAAGGCGUGCUUGAGCAUCAUUCCGCAUUCAAAGUUCACGUUUUCAAAGAUAUGGAUUAUGGCAGCUCAAUUUGAGAUUCGGCAGAAAGAUCUUAAAGCUGCACGAACUAUUUUGGGUAAUGCUAUUGGGAGGGCUCCAAAAGACAAGAUUUUCAAGACAUACAUCGAAAUUGAAUUGCAGCUCGGCAACAUUAACCGUUGUCGAACUCUUUAUGAGAAAUAUCUGGAGUGGUCACCUGCUAAUUGUUAUGCAUGGAGUAAAUAUGCCGAGCUGGAGAGGUCUUUAGGAGAGACUGAAAGGGGGCGCUCAAUCUUUGAAAUUGCUAUUGCACAACCACUUCUUGACAUGCCUGAGUUGUUAUGGAAGGGCUACAUUGAAUUUGAGAUUUCUGAGGGGGAGCAUGACCGCACACGACAGCUCUAUGAGAGGCUCUUGGAUCGGACAAAGCACUUGAAAGUUUGGGUUAGUUAUGCCAAAUUUGAGGCAGCAGUGCAGCUGGAGGAGGAGGCUCGUGCGGAUGAAGAAGGCCGGGAACCUGAUAUGGCCAAGGCUGCUGAACAAGCUGAAGAGCGAGCUCGAAGAACAAGAAGUGUUUUUGAAAGGGCAUACGACAGCCUUCGAACAAUAGCUCCCGAACAAAAAGAAGAGAGAGCCAUGUUGCUAGAAGAAUGGAAGGAAACAGAACGCAACUUUGGAGAGUUUGGAGAUGUUGCAGCUGUUCAAAAGAAAUUGCCACGGAAAGUGAAACGAAAGCGUCCAGUAACUUCAGAGGAUGGGACGGCUGCUGGUUUCGAGGAGUAUACCGAUUUUAUCUUUCCGGAGGAAACUGGCAUGGCUCCAAAUCUUAAAAUAUUGGACGCUGCAUAUAAAUGGAAACGGCAAAAAGUAGAUUCAGAUGAUGAAGCUUAGCAUCCAAUUCAUUGAGGAUUUUUGAAGAGUAGGUUGCCAGGUUCUUGAAGUUGAACAUCUGGCAAUUAUACACCCGGAGGAAGAUUUAUGUAUACUUGUAGCAUCACAACGUUUCUACCAGAGAAGUUGAUGUUGAAGCUGCAAUCUUCCCUGGAGGCAGAACUUGUAAUUGUGUUAUUACCUCUCGAUGUUCCAACGUAUACUUGUACUAUUCCUUGUAAGACUGCACUCCGUGGUGGAGGUCGGAAUGUAGUUACUAGGUAGUGCUUUUGGGAUUCUCUGGACAAGUUUUUUACUGAGUUGCUAUGUUAAGUUAUUCCCAGAUCAAUGCUUUGUAGGGAUUUAUUAUGGGCUGAUGAGAAUCUACUCGAGUUUUGAGCUCCAAUUGAAAGGCUGUCUUCCAUCAUCCCAUAGAUCUCAGUAUGACGAAUCAUUACACCGGGGUUCAGAGCAAUGAUUCAGGACAGACAAAAUAGACCCAAUCAUAGUGCAUGAGUGGAGCAAAAACUCAAAGUAGGGAUUGUGAUGCAGGGUUUUACUGUUAUUAAGGUUCUCUUCUUCACCCCGA